AUGGAAGAGAAAAUGGAAAAUUUGAAAUUGGAAAUCUGCUUGAAUAAAGCAAAAAAUGUGGAGCCACCAUUGGCAUAUCAGAAGUACAGUGUGAACCAUUACAUAUCCUUUAACUGUCCACAGGUUAAAAUCAAUCAGACUAAAAACCAAAAAGACAGUGGUGAACAUACUUUAUUCAGAAGAAAACUUCCAGAUCAUUAUCAGCCUUAGGUAGAAAUUGCCAACAAACUUCCUCCCUUGAUUGAGAGUCACCAGCUUUGCACUCAAGUGGACAAAAUGUCCCUCCUGAACUGCCAGUUCCUCAAGAGUUACCAAGAACAGCGCCCGCCCCACUUGGUCUUGAGCUUUAUCACCAUGGGCUAUGUCUGGCAGGAAGGAGAGACACAGCCUAAAGAAAUUCUACCAAGAAACCUUGCCUUGUCUUUUGUCGAAAUCUCCAGGAACUUGAAGAUCCCUCCUAUCCUCGUCCACUUGGACCUGGUGCUGACAAACUGGACUACAAAGAAUCUUGAAAGUUUUCUUCAGUGUUAGAACUUGGAUGUCAUUGUUUCAUUUCCUGGAGGAGAAAGCCUAUGUGGUUUUAUACUGGUAACUGUUUUGGUGAAGAAAGCAGCAGUACCUGGGAUUAAGGCACUCGUUCAGGCAGUGAAUACCAUCUCGCAGCUCAGCCAGGACUCCCUGCUCCAAGCCCUGCAGCAACUGAGACUCUCCAUCCAGGACAUCACCAGAACCUUACGACAAAUGCACGAUUAUGUAGAUCCAGACAUAUUUUAGGCAGUCAUCCAGAUCUUCCUCCCUGGUUGGAAAGAUAACCCAGUCAUGCCUGUGAGGUUGGUAUAUGAUGGAGUCUCCACAGAGCCCCUGAAAUACUCUGGAGGAAGUGCAGCUCAGAGCACAGUGCUUCAUACCUUCAAAUUCUUAGGCAUUUGUCAUAGCAAGGAAAGUGCCUUUUUGAAAGGACUCUUCUUUUCUUUAAAAUUGGAGAAAGUUCUAGAGUUUGAAGGCUAUGGAAUUUUGUUGACAAAUUUGGGUCUGACGUUCUUCAUAGAAGAAAUCCAGUCAGCUCCUUCGCUGAGGGAUCAUGUCCAGUCCUCUGGAAAUGGCCAACUUCUGACAGCCUAUAACCAGUGUGUGGAGGCUCUGGCAGAGCUGCACAGCUAUCACAUAACCAUUGUGACCAAAUACCUCAUCAUAGCUGCAGCCAAAGCAAAGGGCAGGAAGCCAAGCCAUCUCCUGUGGCCACCUCAGGCCUUAGAAGGGAGGGGCACAGGUGGAACUGCAGUUCUGAGCUUCCUGAAGAGUGUCAGGAAUAAGACCUUAGAAGUAAUCCUUCCCCAUAGUGAUUAA